AUGCAGCAGUUCGCCGGAAAGCUAAAGGAGCCGCUCGCAAUAGGCUUCCCGAGCUGCCCAAUGACAUCCUACUCAAAGUCUCACGACGAGCACUAUAUAGAUUACAAGAACCCAGGUACACGCACAGGAACACACGCAGGCACCGCAACCAGCGGCACCACCGACAUCACCGGAGAAGAGGAGAUCGAACCACCAUCUAGCCCAAAGCAGAGAGCACCUACUCGCAUGAAGAAGGCCGCAAGACCGGAAACUGAAGCAGCCGCUCGCGAUAGGCUUAGUGAGCUGCCUGAUCACAUCCUACUCAACAUCCUAGAGCGGGUGGACACGAUGGAUGCCUUGAGAACCUGCAUCCUCUCGAAGAGAAUGCUGCAGCUCCCCGCCAUGCUCUCGCGGUUCGACAUAGAUGUUGGCUCCCUCACGCAGCACCAUGGCAAGGCAUCCCAACGCUAUUUGAGCAUUACUCACGUUGCUCGGUACAACAAUGCUCUGGCUGGUGUCACGGAGAAGAUCCUGUGUAGGAGGAGUUCAGAGAUACCCAUCAUCCACAAGCUGAGGGUCAGAUGCUAUUUGAGGCCUGAUGAGUGUCUCCCCAUCACCAGAGCUUUGGCCAGCACCAUGGCGACCCAGGAGGUCGAAAACGCCGAGUUUGUGUCCCUCGUAGAGGACCCCUAUAUAGGAUCCAGACCUGACGAGCGCUAUGCGAAGCGAUUCAAUACCUGUCUUGGUGACUGUCCAGCUGCAUUUGCUGGCCUCACACGCCUGUGGCUGUGCAACAUGAGGUUUGGCAAACUGGACAUCCCCAACAUCCUCAGCACCUGCAAGCGGCUGGAGCACCUGCGCCUCUCGUGCUGCGACGCAGGUCUCGGUUCGGUGCUGCUAGUAGAACAUGAUCAACUUGUUGAGCUCAUAGUCGAGCGUGGCCAUUAUGAGGCAGUCCAUCUCUACCGUCUACCAAAACUCCAAUGUCUGACUUGUGCUGGUUGGUGUUUUCCAGUCCCACUGGCUUUUGGCUAUGUCCCGCUGCUUUCAACACUAAGUCUUGCACAAACGGGUAUUAGUUUAACUACGGAUAUCCACUUAAGUCAGCUCCUUACUAAUGUCCCCUCAAUAAGCGAGCUGCACCUGGAUUUUAGAAGUGAAAAGAUUUGGGUUGUACCAGAAUGCCCUAAACUGCUAGCUCCUGUGUUUGGAAAACUAGAGUAUGUGAAUCUGGAUAAUCUCCGUGAAGGAUGUGAUAUUGCUUGGACCAACUUCAUUCUUGAAGCCGCGCCCCGCCUACGGGAGUUAUGCAUCACGGUCUGGGAUCACUCGUGCGAAAUGAUGACAAACGAGUACGCUCGAAGGGGACUUGGAUACUGCGAGAAAGCAAAUGUGGAGUGGCAACCAUCUGUACCUGGUCUCAAGCACAGGAAUCUGGUCAAGCUUACCAUCCACGGCUUCCAACCCAAUGAAAACAUGGUGCAAUACGUGAGGAACAUCAUGAAAGUCGCCGUGAACAUGAGGGAGAUAUCGCUGCACGACAGAAAGGCGUGUGAGCACUGCCGGUACUUGUAUCACAGAGUCAAGGUAUGCCCUUCUACAUAUCCGAGGACCAGCGAGAAGAAGGAUAUGCUGAGGGUGGAGAUGACCAAGGAACUGGGGAUUGCGGCAUUGCCUGCUGUGAUCCACUUCAGGUCAUGAUAAUCUAGAGUUUAUCCUAAUGAUGUUGAAAGAGAUGCAUCUGUAUGACAUUCUAUCCUACUCAAUGUCGUUGGAAGGAAUUCCGUA